AUGAAACUAGAUAAGGCGUGGGACGACGUACCGGCGGCGUGGCGUGACGCGGUGUGCCGUGACGAGGCGUUCCUGGAGGGAGUCGCGAGCGGGACUCCGCUGUGUUUCAUCGCCGGAGGCGAGACGACGGUGACGCUGCAAGGCACAGGGAAGGGUGGGCGCAACCAGGAGAUGGCGCUGGCGUGGGCGCUGGAAAAUUGCGACGAGGCGUUCGCAUCGUUUCUUUGCGCAGGCACCGACGGCCAGGACGGCCCCACGGACGCGGCUGGUGCCGUUGCCAGUACACAGAUGGCGCUACCUGUUGACUCUCAGAUGUAUUUGGACAACAACAAUUCCUACAGUUUCUGGGAGAAAGUCGACGAGAGUUCAAAUGAUGGCAGCUUUCGGCGCUUGCUGAAAAUAGGAUUAACUGGUACAAACGUGAUGGACAUACAGGUGUUGCUCGUGAAACUUGCAAAGUACUGCUGCAUUGCAAUGUUAUGGGAACCAGCAACAAGCUAA